CCACUGCCCUCUCAACAAUUUCACUCAAACGCUCUCCUCUUCUCCUCCUCCAAAACCAGAAAGAAACGUUUCGAUGGCGAAAGUAGGGAAGCUGACGAAGCUGAAAUCAGCAAUCAAGAAGUGGCCGUCUUUCUCCGCCGCCAAGCAGACCCACCACCACCACGACGAGCAGCAGCAUGAUGAGGCGGCGGCGGCGGCAGAGUCCGACGAGCCGCAGCAGAUUCUUCACUCCGUCUACAUCGGGAAGUCGCGGCGGCGGUAUCUCUUGACGACGGAGGUGAUGUGCCAUCCCAUGUUCCAGGAGCUGAUGCAGAGGUCCGGCGGGGUGGACGCCGACGGCCAGAUCAUCGUCAGGAGCGAGGUGGUCCUGUUCGAGCAUUUGCUUUGGAUGAUCAACGAGCAGGUCAAUGGCGGAGGGGACAAGGAUUCCUCGUCCUCCUCGCAGUUCGGGUCAAUGGAGGAGCUGGUGGAUUUCUACUGCUGCUAGCUGGGAUUUGCUGAUGAUAACAGAGGAAUAAAGGGGGGGAAAAACAGAGCAUAUAUGGUUUAUUAUAUGUUUAAAUUGUAAAUUGAGUAGUAGGUUAUCAAAAAUGUUUGGCGGAUUAUGGGUAGUGUAGUUGUGAUUGACGAGAGGAAAAAACCAACUUUUUCUCCUCUUCUCUCUCUCUCUCUCUCUUGGCUGGAUUCUCAAUUUUCAGGGUCAUUUGGCUUUGGGGGCACGAAUGAUUCCGACUUGUAUUAGUUUUUUUUUUCUUAAUUUUGUGUUGUGUACUGAUCUGUUCUUAAUCUGCAUUUUUCAUGUCUUCUCACUAAUGGCUUCAAUCUAGCUAUUUUUGACGGAUUUUGAUCAACUAACUUGUAUGUCCUUUUGUAAGAGUUGACAUUUAACAAUUCGAUCUUAUACCAUUCAUUACGCGAUGUUAAAAUUAGUUCCAACUAGUUAAAAAAAUAAAUGUUUAAAUGGUCU